UGCUCCCAGCAUUGUUUUUCAGCUCUGUUUGGGCUGAUAGAGGUCAACUGUAUUGCAUUUGAAACUAAAGGACUCCGAUCAGAAACUCAAUCAAAAUUCAAGGGAAUUAAAUCUAAGGAUAUUUCUCAGUUAUUUCAUGAUUAUAACUGCGUGAUUUUGAAAGACAAGAGCUGACACGCACAGGUUUGCAAAGUCAUCUUCAUGCAUAUGAUGGAAAGCUACAUAAUUCCAUCUGCAUCUGAAGAAAUAAUCUCAUAUGAACCUGAGAUUUAUCGACCACCUGUAGAGUUAUACUCAUAUCUCACCAAUGUUGGAGAACUUCACGAUGAGCAUGGCUGGGACUACCACUCUGACCGGGGCAUGCACCAGAGGGACUUGUUGGACACCUCCUCACAAGAGAGUCACCUGACAGAGCUACAGAGUGUCCAUUCCCAACAGCUCCUCCAACCCUAUCGUUACCCCGAUACCGACACCCUCCACCUGCCACUAGUAGGCCCAGGACUGGGACCCCUACCCAUCUCCCCACAGAUGCCGUAUUACAGCCGCACGGUGUUUUACCAUCAGCAGGCCCCCGUGUCCCCGAGCCACUACUGCUCAGAGGAGGAGAGACCUGGGGGCCACAGCCCCCCACUGGAGGUGUCUGAGGGAGAGGAGGAGGACUACGGAGACCAUGUCCCCUCUGGGGGUGACUCCAGUAGCAAGAGAAAGACCCGCCUGUACCAGUUCCUGCUGGAUCUGCUGAGGAAAGGAGACAUGAAGGACAGCGUGUGGUGGGCGGACAAAGAGAAAGGUAUCUUCCAGUUCUCUUCUAAACACAAGGAGACUCUGGCUAAUCGAUGGGGCACGCAGAAAGGAAACAGGAAGAAGAUGACCUAUCAGAAGAUGGCCAGGGCCCUGCGGAACUACGGCAAGACGGGAGAGAUCAAAAAGGUCAAGAAGAAACUGACCUACCAGUUCAGUCUAGAGGUACUGAGGAAAGUCUCAACUACAGAGAGAAGUCACUGCCAUCACUAGGGGUACCAGAGAAUUGUUUAUGUAAUGCCCCUUGAUACAGGCUUUGGGAGUAGGCCUACCCUCACUGAUAUGCAUUGCAAAUAGGACAAUGAUGACUGUCUCCUGUAAUUCUAUGUCAUCACAUUUUAAAAUGAUACUCCAGAAACAAUCAGGUAGCCUUAAACGUGUUUAUGUUUUGAUUUUUUUAUUGAUGUUUGCAUAUUCCAUGUUUAUUUAUUUACUUAACUGAACAUGUCUUCAUGUUCUGCAUUGCAUGAUCUUGCUCUUGACUCUCUAUCUUUGUGUCUGUGAAGGAAAAAGCAAUAAACUAUAUGCUUUGCAAAUGCUGCA